AUGACACGUCGAUCAGAUCUACCAAUUAUUUCAUCAUGGGAUAAGAAUUCUGAUUUCUUAUAUAAUUAUAAUAGUGCUUUUAUGCCAAUGAAGGAUGAUUCAAAUGCAGUGACACUUUUAGUACGUGUUCAAGAUUUACUUGACAAUAGUUCGAUUUAUAAUGUUGGACCAAGUAAAAUAGCAGUUAGUCGAAGUAUUGAUGCUAAUCAUCUGAAAUAUUCACAUGUAAGACAUGAAGAUAUUAUUAUUGAUAUUGAUCAAGAUUAUCAAGCUCUAGGAGCUGAAGAUCCACGUGUAGUUCUCCAUAAUGGAGUUUAUUAUUUAUAUUAUACAGCUGUAAGCAAAGUGGAGGGUGAUCGUUGGCGUGCUCAAUUAGCGUUGGCUACUUGUGAAAACGAUUGUUUAACUAAACAAAAUUGGAAACUACAUGGUCCUUUAUUUCCUGAAGUAUUUUGGUGUAAAAGUGGAAGUUUAUUAAUUCAUAAUGAUACUCAUCGUUAUUUAUUUUUCAAUGAUUCAAAUAUUGCUAUAGCCCGAACAAAUGAUCUUCAUCAAUAUAGUUUAACAAAUGAUUUUCUUUUACGUACACGAUCAGAUCAUUUUGAUUCUGAACUUGUUGAAGCUGGUCCUGAACCAUUAAAAUUAAGUGAUAAUAAUUAUUUAUUUCUUUAUAAUUCAGCACGAAAAACAACUAUUCCAACUCCAAAACCUGGCUGGGAACUUCAAUAUAAUUUAGGUUGGGCAAUAUUAAAUGGUAAUGAUCCAACAGAGGUUUUAGCAAGAAGUGAACAACCGAUAUAUACACCUGAAUUAGAUUGGGAAAGAUGUGAUAAUACAUCGGGAGUUUGGGCUGAACGAGGUCUUGUACCAUUGGUUAUUUUUGUUGAAGGCUGGAAAAAAACGGCUGAAGAUACAUUUUUAGUUUGGUACCAAGGAUGUGAUGUAACCAUGGGUUUAGCUGAAAUUAAAGUAUCUUUUCCACGUCCUUCAAAAGCUUCUAUUACUAAACCUAUGCUCGUUUAUUUUUUUAUCUUUCUUAGUUCAUUUGUUUUCUUCUUUUAA